UGCAUUUUCCGAAACCAGUCACCAUAGGAUUAUAGUAAGAACAAUACAAGCGAAACCUCAAGUGAACUCCGUAAUUGUAGAACCUAUGAAAGGGACUUUUUCUUCUUUUUCGCGGGGCCAGUCGAUACUUUCAGAGCCGCCGCCUCUCCGUCUUUCAACGCUUGAGCUUUCUGCUUCUCGAGCUUCUCCUUGCGCGCCGCCAGCGAUGAGGCCUCCUCGUCAUCGUCGGCUGUCUUCUGCUUCCGAGACUUCUUGUUGCUCCCUUCUAGGAGUUUCUGCUCGCCCUCACCCUCGAUCUGCUUCCGCUUCUUGUUCUUGCCGUCGGCCUCUCCAUCUUCAAUGGUCUCCACGACAUCGGUCUCCUCCACCCACAGCUCGCUCGCCAACCAGAUCGGCAGAGCCAUAGUGUUGGCACCCUUGAUGUGAAGCGCCUUGAUAUUCCGCCACCCCUUUGUAACAAACUUGUCCGUCAACCCCUUCACCACAGCCUCAAUGUUCUCAGACAGCUGCUCAGGUGUGAAGUUCGACGACCCAACCCGGAUAGCCGCGGU